AAAUCCUCUGCCCUUUUCUCGCUUCCCACCUUAGUCCUCCCUCCCUCCCUCGCCUCUCCAUCUCUCUCCCCCUCCCUCUCUCUCCUCCUGAACACCAGUUGGAUUUGAAGAAAUGAAGAAAACUGUUCUGAAACUCGAUCUCCAUGAUGACAAAGACAAGCGCAAGGCCUUGAAAGCUGUCUCUACCCUCCCAGGUAUUGAUUCAAUCUCCGUGGACAUGAAAGAGAGGAAGAUGACAGUGAUGGGCGACGUUGAUCCCAUCGAUAUAGUAAAAAAGCUAAGAAAGUCCUGGAAAGCUGAGCUCUUUUCCGUCGGGCCACCACCAAAGGAAGCCGCCGCCGCCGCCGCCGGCGGGGGGGGAAAAUCCCCCAAACACUUGUGUCAUUAG